GCUGCAUUUUUUAAAAGAAGAUAGAAUUAUCUCUGUGAUAUGUGUUUUGCAAGAAUAGCAUUCAGCUUUAAAUAUUCUAUAUCCAAUAUGCAGAAUCAUGUUAUAUGAAUAUUGGAUGUCCUUUUUUUAAAGACUCAAGGACAAAAGAAAGUUGCUAGCAUGAUAGAAAGUAAAGAAGUUCACAAAGGAAUAUUUCAGAUCGAGUGGGAACAUAAGAAAAUGGAGAUGGAAAUGGAAGAUCUAAAUCAGAAGGCUUGGGAUAUUCAGAUGCUGUUUUUUUCAAGAGAGCGUCAAAAGUACCUAAAUGAACCAAACUAUGAGUCUAUGAUUGCUAUUCAGAUUGGAAUAAUGGAGCAAACCAUUGCUGUUUUAGAUAAGACCCACAGAAAGAAUGUGGAAAACUGCAAAAAAUUACUCAAAAAACUGGGAAAAUUCAGCAAUCAAAAGGAUGUCGCAAAUUAUACUCUAAGCUGCAAUCUUCGAGAAGAAUUGGUAGCUGUCUCAGAGAGAAAAGACAUCUGUAAUGCAGUGGGGUCUAAACUAACUUGUGAAAAGAUUGUCAAAGAACGAUAUGAAAACAUGAUGCAACAACAGAAGUUAACAAAUAUUGCAAAAGAACAAGCUGAACAGAUUUCAAUACUACAGGCUGAAGUUGAAAGAUUAAGGAUGAAAACAUUUCCUGCUCUUCUUCCAAUGUAACAAUGCUGGUGGGAAACCAAAGGCCAAAUCAAUAAUUUUAAAAAUCAUUUAAUUUGGGUAAAAUGACUUCUUUUUCUUUCAUAUUAGGAAAUGUAAGUCUCCUCUUAGUUGCAUGGUGUUUUUAAUAGCAAAUUACUUAAUUUUAGCCUUAAUAGGUAUAAAAUUUUUUGUCCUGCAUGAAUAAAUGUGUAAACUAUUGUGAA